AUGGAUAAGUGGGCAAGCGCUGCUACCCGCAAACAGAGACAUGCAUUAGCAGAUGUGGAAGAAAACCGAGUAAGGGUAACUGCACCAGUAUUUAUUAUGGUGAUACGUAAAAUCGACGACAGUCCUUUUUACCUGAAAAUCGACGGAAAAUGGGUAUAUGUAAACGAAGAAGUUCUCCGAAAUCAUCCCGGAGGCAGUGCAAUUACGACUUAUCGAAACAAAGAUGCCACGACCGUAUUUCACACAUUUCAUGCACAAUCAAAGGAAGCAUACAAAUGGUUACAAGAACUCAAAGCAAAAUGCCCAACACAGGAUCCAAAAAUAGUAGAGGAAAAGGAAGAAAUGCUGCCAGGGUAUGAGGAUGUGAAUAUGGGCACAUUCGAUAUCAGUGAAGAACAAAGCGCUCAAAUCUCGAAGAAUUUUGAACAUUUACGAAUGCGAGUGAGGAGAGAAGGGCUCAUGGAUGGCAGCUUUUUGUUCUAUAUUAGAAAAGUGAUAGAAUCCUUGCUUAUUAUUACACUAGCUGUAUUUCUUCAACUGAAAGGCUGGUAUAUUCCAUCUGCCCUACUUAUGGGAUUAGCCUGGCAGCAGCUAGGUUGGCUAGUCCAUGAAUUUGCACAUAACCAGCUAUUCAAGGAUCACUGGCACAACGAUCUCGCUAGCUACUUCGUAGGCAAUUUCUUGCAAGGAUUUUCAUCUGGUGGUUGGAAAGAACAACAUAAUAUUCACCAUGCUGCCACCAAUGUCGUCGGACGUGAUGGAGAUCUCGAUUUGAUGCCGUUCUUUUCUACCGUUGUACAAGAUCUCAAAAAUGCCGACAACUGGUACCUAACUAUUCUACCAUACCAACACAUCUACUGGACAAUAAUGUUACCCUUACUUCGGCUGAGCUGGUUAGUACAGUCGAUAGUGUUUGUGCAAGGAAUGCCAACCCAUUACUACAAGUACUACAGAGAACGAGCUAUAUAUGAGCAGGUCGCUCUUGCUCUACAUUGGGUAUUGGUCCUAACACAGUUAUACCUACUUCCCACAUUGCAAAUACGAUUGAUCUUCUUUGCUGUGUCUCAGCUGACAGGAGGAAUUUUACUGGCGCAUGUUGUGACAUAUAACCACUAUUCAGUGGAAAAGUUCCCAUAUACCUCAAGAAUCAUGUCGAACUAUGCAUGUCUCCAAGUCUACACUACUCGUAAUAUGCGACCUGGACCCAUCAUUGAUUGGUUAUGGGGUGGUCUAAAUUACCAGAUAGAACACCAUCUUUUCCCAACCAUGCCACGACACAACUUGAGCAAAGUCAUGCCGAUAGUGAAGCAAUUUUGCGCAGAUAACAACUUGCCAUAUAUGGUGGAUGACUACUUCACUGGUUGGAAAGAAGAAAUCAAACAGUUCGAAAAUGUUGCAAGGAUAGCAUCAAAAAUGAAAAGCAAAAUUUUCUAG